AAGCGGCAAGAAUCGAUGAUCGAGGUCGAGGCUCGUAAACAAUGCGCGGGAAAAUCAAUGCAGAUUGCAAGGGACAAAAGGCCACGAAAGCCCGAAGGAACAAAGACUAUUCUACCUGCUGGUACGGAUGGCGGACAUCAGCGCUCUACCGGACUCCGUGAUCGUCUUCAUUUUAUCGUUUCUACGCUAUCCUCGACUAAUAUCUUGCAGCAGGGUAUCGAAGCGAUGGUAUCGACUAUGCUACGACAUAAGCUUAUGGCGGAAGUUAUGGUUCUCUUCGUCGCAUUCAGGCAAAGUCACUGGAAGCCUGGUUCGUAGGCUAGUUCCGCGGACUAAUAGUUACAUCUUGAGCAUAGACUUAGAAGGCUGUACGAGCAUCGACAACGAAGCCGUCAAGUAUUUAUCUAUGUUUUGCCCAAAUGUUCGUAAACUUUCAAUCAAAGAUUGCCGGCUUGUAUCAGAUAGAGGUUGCAUUGCUCUCGCUCAAAACAGUUUUAAAUUGACAAGUUUGAAGCUCCCUAUGGAAAAUAUUACUUCAAAGGGACUGGUGGCCGUUGUUAAGAAUAACCAACUAUUGAAAAGGAUCUAUGCCUACUCGCGAGCCGUGACCCAAGCGACGUUGAAUUGUAUAGCUGGAAAUUGUGCCGAUUUAGAGACAUUGAUUGUUUACGAGUCUUGCCUGGAUGAAGAUGAGAGUGGUUCUAUAGACGCUCUUACAGAUAAAAUGUUGAUCACUCUUGCGGAUGGAUGCAGAAAGUUAAAAGAACUUACACUAAGGUAUAAUCAAGUUUUGUUAAGCGAUCUCUCUUUGGUGUACGCGGCGUCGAAAUGCCGGCAAAUCCAGCAAUUUGUAGUUGACUAUUGUGACCGUGAUCACGAAAUCACUGAUAUAGGGGUAACCGCUCUUGCGCGCUUUUGUGACAUUCGUUGCCUACAUCUUUCAAAUGGACAAAUCUCUGACAAUGCUUUGCUAGUAAUAGCUGAAUACAUCCCUAAUAUCGAAGAUUUGUCCCUCGAAUUUUCCCAAGUCAGUGAUGUCGGAAUUUUUAAGUUGAUGCAAAGUUGCCGCAAGCUGGAAUCCCUAGUCGUUCACAACUCGGACAACCAUGAACGAGGAAUAACGGACGCCAGCGCCUUUAUGAUCGGACAUUAUGCCUGCGAAGAUUUUCGACUCUUAGGCAUCGCGUUCGCCGAUAUAACAGACAAAGGACUCAAGUAUAUCUGCGAGAACACAGAGCUCUCUUCCCUCUCCGUGAGUGGGUGUGGCAAAUUGAGCUAUGCAGGGCUGAAGUCCUGUUUUGAGGACCUAGGAUGCAUCAUGAGUCUUGAUAUAUCCUUCACUGAAAUAGUAGAGACAGACAACCAAUUACUAGAGAUGGGCCAGGCGCUACCGUGGCUUGAUUCUUUAGAUGUUACAGACUGCAUUGGGAUUAGCAGAGAGGGUAUAAGUAAUUUUAAAGCAAGGUUCCCAUUUUGUAAGGUAGCUGUGUGAAAAUAUUUGAGAUAUUUUUAUUACAAAUUCCUUUGGCAGAAUCCAAAGUAUUACUUAUAUAUGUAUAUUUGGCAUCUAUAUAGAGAUGUCAAUUAAGAUUUAUUAAAAAAAAACGUUUUACA